GACUGACGUACUUAGCGGCCAAUAGGAAUGGAAAGAAGAUAACAGAGGCUUGCGGCAUGUGACAGGUGAUAAGACUCUACCAAAGCGGCUGGGAGGAGCUCAAGGCUGGCACGGCGGAGAGAGGCUGGCACAGAAGAGCGGUAGGCUGGGCACGGAGGCCGACAUUACAAGAUACAACUCUCUGUACCACAAGCACUCAGAGCAAAAUAAUACAGUGAAUAUAAAGCGAUCGUUUCUCAGUUGUGAGAAUUACCAAACCGGGUUUAGGGACUAUACAAGGCCUCUUCUGUUUGGUCAGUCUACAUCAUCCGCAAUCUACGUAACGUUUCUGAGCACACUAUACAAAUCUUAUACUUUUCUACUGAAUUUUCUGGUAUACCGGCCAUAUAGGAGUGCCGAAUCUCACCGGAAUUCUACGUUUGCAACUUUUAUUUUCUCACAAUGCGUGCCUUCAUACAAUUCACAAAAAGACACCCCUGGGUGACCAAUGUGACAAUUUACGGCUCUCUCUUUGCGUCAGCCGAUGCUGUCCAACAGAAACUCACUAAGGGACCCAAUGAAAAAAUAGAUUUUAAACAAACUGCUAAGGUUGCAAUUGUGGGAUUUUGCUUCCAUGCCAAUUUUAACUUUUUUUGGCUGAGAUUUAUCGAAAGAACAUUUCCAGGAUCCACAGUUAAGAACGUCAUAAGGAAGGUAGCCUGUGAUCAGCUGCUGGCAGCUCCGGUUACAAUCAGUGCUUUCUAUACAGGUUUAAGUCUUCUGGAUGGAGAGGAGGAUAUCUUUAAAAACCUAAAAGAGAAAUUUUGGCCAACGUACAAGACGGGAGUAUUUUGCUGGACCAUCUUUCAGACCAUAAAUUUCAGCCUGAUACCACCAAUUGUCAGAACAGCCUACAUUGGAGUUUGUGCAUUUAUGUGGACCACAUUUCUCUGUUAUAUCCGAAACAGAGACAUUGACCAGGUGACAACCCAUAUCCUGCAAUACAUCCCUCUCACGAGCAGUAAAACAACGGCACAGACAGAAAAGGAAGAUGGAAGCAAAUCUCCCAAAUAAGGAAGAAAAAAAAAAAACUUUUUUUUUUUAUUUUGAAAAAACUUGAGGUGCAUUUUGGGAACAAUAUGUGUGCUAUGUUCUGUUUACAAUGAAAAUGUAAACAUUCACUGAAUGUAUGGUUUUUGGGGGAAAAAAAUAAGUUUUCAGUAUUUACAUUUUUUAACUAUUUGGAUUACUUUUUUAAGGUUCAUGUCAGUUAAAAUGUUAAGCUGAACUCCGGGAUAAGUAAUUAUUAUCUAAUUACAAUAGUCCUGUGUAUCCUUACUUGAAACUUGGUGUACUUUGUGCAUUUCAGAUCUGUGCAGUAAUCCUGUGCAAAACGUUGCCUCUGUAAUUAAGACCGGUCACUGCUGCUCUCUCUACUUGUGCAGGGUGACAGGUCUGGUCUCCGCCCCUUCUGUGGUGGGAGGAGCUGCUAGGCCCCUCCCACAGCUCUGCUCAGGCUAUGUACAGUCAUUAACUUUUACAAGGUAAGAUCUAUAUUUCAAAAGGCAUUUAAAUGGUGCACACAAAAAAUAAAAUAAUCAUUUGUGGCUAUUAGGAAAUAUAUUUAAACCUUUUCAGGGCCAGAGUUCCGCUUUAAGCCCAGUUCCAGCCAAAGUUAAAGGUUGGAAACCUCUCUAAGGCUCGAUUCACACCUAUGCAUGUUGCUUUUUAGCGUUUUUGCGGUGCUUG